AUGGGCGAGGAUGCGAGCAGGAGCUUAGGGAAAGGAAGUGUCCCCCCAGGGCCGGUCCCAGAGGGCCUGAUCCGAAUCUACAGCAUGAGGUUCUGCCCCUUUGCGCACAGAACGCGCCUGGUCCUCCUGGCCAAAGGCAUCAGCCAUGAAAUUAUCAACAUUAACCUGAGAAACAAGCCUGACUGGUACUAUACAAAGCACCCCUUUGGCCAAAUUCCUGUCCUGGAAAAUAGCAGAUGUCAGCUGAUCUACGAGUCUGUGAUCGCGUGUGAGUACCUGGAUGAUGCUUAUCCGGGAAGAAAGCUGUAUCCAUAUGACCCUUACGAGCGAGCGCGCCAAAAGAUGCUAUUGGAGCUAUUCUAUAAGGUCCCACAUUUGACCAAGGAGUGUCUGGUGGCAUUGAGAUGCGGGAAAGAAUGCUGUGAUCUGAAGCUAGCCCUUCGUGAGGAAUUCUGCAACCUUGAAGAGAUUCUUAGCUAUCAGAACACCGUCUUCUUUGGCGGAGACUGUAUAUCCAUGAUUGAUUACCUCUUUUGGCCCUGGUUUGAGCGGCUGGAUGUAUAUGGAAUAGCUGACUGCGUGAACCACACCCCAGCUCUUCGGCUCUGGAUAGAUGCUAUGAAGCAGGACCCCACGGUGUGUGCUCUUCUCAUAGAUAAGAACAUUUUCCUGGGCUUCUUGAAUCUCUAUUUUCAGAACCACCCCGAUGCCUUUGACUAUGGGCUGAAUUGCUGA